AUGAAUGUUGCAGGGCUACCAAUUCCAUCCUUUGAGGGCACAGCCGCAUUAGGUGUUUCUCGAACGAAUACUAAUAGUACAAUCUCCUAUGAUGAUGAUUAUGACUCGGACGACGAAGAUGACGCCUGCUCCAUCAUGACACAACCAAGAUCACCGUCACCCACUCGAGAAUUCGAUUAUAACAAUUGGAGUAUUAGUACUAGUGCUAGUAGUAGUAAUGUUGCAGGAAAGAAGGCAAGAAGAUUGCCAACGAACUCUGAAAAAGAAGCUGCUGUCAAUAAACGAAAGCGUACUGCAUCCAGCAAGGAAUCAUCGUCAUCAGCAUCAUCAGCAUCAGCAUCAUUGGGCGACCAUAACGACGAGGAAAAUCCUGCCAAUAUGGCUUCUAUCCCUUCCGGAAAAAGAGAAAGGAAACGGCGUGCUACUGGUGGUAGAAGAGCCAAAGCCAGAAGUUCUUCUUCGCCGCCGACGUGUGACGGUGAUGAUUCCCAGUCAUCACCGUCGUUAUUUCAGUACAAUGGGGAAAUGAAGACCUUGGACGAGAUUUUGGAGGUCAAGGAAUGGUUUGUGGAAAAGCUUGUGAAACGAAAGAAACCAAGAGGACAAAGUGCGUAUUACCUUUGUAAAUGGAAAGACACUUGGGAGACGGAAGAAAUGUAUUUUGCGCUCAAGCAAAAAGGCUUUGGAGUCAAGGUCCUCGAAACGAGAAAGGCGCAGGAUGGCGAAACUGUAUUAUACAAAUGCCAAUGGAAACCUCUCUGGGAGCCGGAAGACUAUUGCACCAGAGGUGCUAUACAAGCAUUUGAAGAAGAACGAGCAACGAGGAAAGCGAAACGACGCCGACGUCAUUAA